AUGAUUUCGGCUAAUCUUACAAGCAUUUAUUAUGAUAAUGAUUUUUUUACUGCACCUGCAGAAAUAAAAAAUCCCUGUCCAAAUCAACGUGCUAUUACUAGGCCAUUGUUAUUUAUUCACAAUUAUUCAUUGUUCAUUUUUGGUUCAAUAUUAAAUUUUGUUGCAUUUAUUAUCCUGAUGCAACGUUCAUUACGUUGCCAUUCAACAUUUGCGUAUUUAGCAUUUUUAUCCUUAUCAAAUGGAUUAUUAUCAUUAGUACGUUUUAUACAUUGGAUGUCAACAUAUUAUUUACACAUACAUUUCGAAAAUAAUUUAUAUACUUGUCGGUUUUCUCAUUUUGCGUUAGACUUUUUAACACAUUUCAGUUUAUUUACAUUGGUGUGUGUUAAUAUUGAUCGUGCACGAACCGUAACAAGGAACGCACCAAGAAGACAAUAUCCAAACUCGGCAUUUCAAAUGGUUGUUGUCAAAGAAUUUCUUAUUGGUAUCAUUUUAUGUAUUUAUCAUUUUCAUUGGCUAGUCAAAUUUGGUUACGAAGUUUCAGAUGAUGAAACACAACAAACAGUUUGUAGUUCUGAUCCAAAUCGAACACCAUUAUAUUUUCUUUUUCUUUCAUCAAUCUAUCCAAUUUUCGAAUUAAUUAUAUUUUUUUGCCUUCCUCUUCUGAUGAAUAUGAUCUGUACAAUUUUAAUUCUACGCAGUUUACGUUUAAGAAUGCGCACAGCUGAACGUUUCGGUCCACGAAGACCUUCAGUUACUAAUGCUAAAAAACAAAAACUUUACGAACGAAUAUGUGAAAAGCUUGCAUGCUGUUUUCCUUCAACGACAAUCAUAUCAAAUGUAUAUUCGUGUUGUUGUUUUCAAAUACAAUUUCGACGGCAUUCAGAAUUACGUUUAAAAAUGGGUCGAACUCAACAAAGUUUAACAAAAUACGAAGAAGAAAACAAUGCGAGUCAACAGCGACAAUCACCAAGAUCAGCAAGCUGUCUAUCACAAGAUAUUCAACAAAUAACAACAACUUCAAUAAUUUUACAUAAAAAACAUCGUAUUCGACGUAUACGUGAUAUACAUUUAUCGGCUAUGCUUAUUACAUUAACUAUUCUUUAUUUAAUAUGUAAUUUACCAUUUAAUUUUCAUCAAACAUUUGGAACAAAAUUAUACGAACACAAUUCAAAUGCGUGUGCUAUAAAAUUUAUACAUCUUUUACUUGAUACAUUGCAACAAACAUAUUUUUCAACAAAUUUUUUCCUUUAUGUUCUAACAAAUCGACGUUUCAGAGAAGCAUUCUAUACUGCAAUUAUGAAAAUAUGUACACGUAAACAACAAUAUUUUCACAAGAGAAAUAUUCAACGAAGAAAAGGACCAAUUAUUAGCUUGAAUGAACCAACACCCUAUUUCAAUAGGCUAUCCAAUGAAUAUGAAAUUAUUUCAGUAUCAGCUCAACAGAAUCACAACAAUAUUCAUUCUGAUAUGGAAUUGACAGAAAUGCCGCCAUUUCAUCAACGCACUAUUUUACGGCAAAAUGAAAAUAAUGAACUCAUGUCAAAAACUGUCACGUCCGAAGAAUUAUCAAGCGAAGAAUAA